GGGGGCUCAGGUUAAAGUGUCACUACCUGCCUGCCUGUGAGAGAAGAGAGACCUGGAGGAGGCUUGACACCGCUCUGCCCCGACAGCACCAACAACACACAGCUGGAACAGGUGUAACAUCUGCAAAAACAGCAGCAUCAUGUCAAAAGAAGUUGACAGGCAUCAGGUGUUUCGAACCACCAGAGUGCGGACUGCACUGAAGAACGAUGCCAGCUGGAUCCUCAAAUCAAACGAUGAGGAGGAAGGACAAGACAAAGCAGGGACGGACCACACGGAGAAACGCAGUCCAUAUCGACAGAAAUCAUACGUCCUGUCGGCUGCCCGGAGAUUUGGAUCAAUUGAUUCUUCAGUGAGUCCUCCUCAUCAAAAGACAGAGGUCGCUCCAUCUGAAGGUGACUCAACCAGUCAUUCAAAUGGUGAAAUUAUUCCUGCUCACAAAGCGUCUGAGCCUGAGGGGUCGACCGUGGAGACUGCGACUGAUAUAAAGCCACAGGAAACCACAGAAGAGCCUACUCUGAAUGGUGAUGCACAUCCAGAAAGAAAUGUAGAAAUCAGGGGAGAAAAUGGUGAAGCAGCAGGUGACGAGUCAUCUGUGGAGCACAGUGACGGGGGCGCCGAAGCCCCUGCAGAUGUUCCUAGGGAAGAUUCUAUCCAAAUGGUUUCUUCAGUGGAGGGGAAUACAGAAGCGGUGCCUCCCGCGGAGUCCCCGGAGCAACUACUUGCCAGAGCAACUUCUGAAGAACACGCUGAUUCACCAGCUGACCCAUCAAACGCAGGUCACAGCGAGGUCGACGUCACAGCAGUCGCAAAUGUGGAUGACCCUUCAGGAGAAAUCUCAAAUGUGGAUGGCACAGUGGAGGGCAACGCAGUCACUGAAAUCAACGCUGCACCCACGUCCCAAGAGGAAUCUCUCAGCAAAACAGAUUUAGGGGACGUAGGAGGAGAAACAUCAGCACAACGUGAAGGGGAAAGUUGUGACGAGUCUCCCGCAGAACAGGCCAUAGAAGAAAUUGUUGCUGCUUCACCUGAGGUUAUCGUGGAACCAUCAACUGAGGCCAUUGAUGUGAAAAGUGCGCCAUCAGAAGAACAGAUUUCUGUGGUAACCAGUGUGGAGUCAGUGCCGGACAUCGUGGAAUCUGUGUCUGAAUCACCUUCACAGCCUGCCAGUGAAAUAACUGCAGAGGAUGGCUGUAGUCAAACAGAAGCAGAAGGUACAGAAGAAAUUGCCGCAGCUGAAGUCGCGGUAGAGCCACUGCCUGCUGUAAGUGAAACUACACAAGAAGAAGAGGCUGCUCCACAUAAUGCUGUGCAAACAGUCCCUGAUAUACUAUCUGAACCAUCUGCUCCGCCUGAUGCUGAAACUGCUGCAGAGGACAGCAGUGACACACACCAUGCAGAGCCAGUUACAGAGAGAACUGUUGAAGCUGCCGCUGAGGUUGUGUUAGAGUCAUCACCGGCAACCGUUGCUGUAAUUAACUCGACUCAAGAGGAAGAGGCUGCUCCAUGCAACGCUGCGGCCGAACCACCUGCUCCACCCGAUGCUGCAGCUGAUGUCGAGUCUGUAGAGUGUGAAGUGGAGUCUGUCGCACCGGCAGAACCCGUUUUAAAGGCCACGACUGAAGUGGUUGAGGGUGAAGUCCAGUCUGUUGCGAACACAGCUGUGGAACAAAGUAUUGAUCCAACACCUGAGAGCCCAGCAGCGGUGGAGUUGGACAUCAAAGAUUCCCUUGAACCAGCAGAUGCCUCAGAUGCUGAAGCUCUUCAAGAGAACGGAGUCGACCAAACCAUUAAACUGACAGAUGCAUUGGAUGUGGAAAUUCCUGAACCUCAAGCUGUUCCUGAACCAGUGGAAGAUCAAAAACCGGCCCUCUCAGAAGAGUCACAACCGAGUCAGCAGAGCAACGGAACCAACAUAUCUGAAGAGGUUCAAAAACUUGCAGAGGAACUAAACUCGACAACCACACAGAUCACGUACAGAUAUGCCAAAGGUAUUUGUUCAUUCUGUGACCAAAAAAUUGAUGGAAACGUGAAGAUUUCACUCAGCGAUCCCCUCGUGGAAUGCCACCCCGAGUGUCUGAAGUGUGGUGUUUGUGCUCUGGCCCUUGGAGAUCUGCUAAAACCCAUGUUCUUGCGUGGCCAAGUGAUCCAGUGUGGCAGCUGUGCUGCAGGACCUCUGAAGAUCUGAAGCCUAACAUGUUGUCAAAGGACACCUAAAGCAUACUGUGAUUAAUGUGCAAUCUUAAUCCAGAGGCUUGGUGCGGUUGCUGUAAAUGUACUCCUUUUUUCUUUCUUUCUUUUUUUUUUUAUGUUUCCUACUCCUGAGAUGCUGCACAUAAAAUAUCAUCAGCAUUAAAAACUGUGUAAUGAAAAGAUUUUGCAGCACAUAAUUACUAACAAUAAGUAUUUGAGAUACAUGUAUUAAUUUGUAAUCAGCAUAAAUGGUUUCUUUGCAACAUCCUGUAUAUGCCUAAAAUAAAACCACAAUUAAAUAACUCAGAUGUAAGUGGUUUAUUUAGCUUUAAUUCCCAAAAAGCACACACGGGGUCAAGUAGCAAACCUGCACAGCAAACUUAAGUCACCUGGAAAGUGGAUCUCAAAGCAUCCUCUGUGACAUAAAACAGG